AUGCCGCGCGCGCCCAGGUGCAGAGCGGUGCGCGCCCUGCUGCGUGGCCGCUACCGCGAGGUGCUGCCCUUGGCUACCUUCAUGCGGCGCCUGGGGCCGCAAGGCCGGCGGCUCGUGCGGCGCGGGGACCCGGCGGCCUUUCGCGCGCUGGUGGCCCAGUGCCUGGUGUGCGUGCCCUGGGACGCGCGGCCGGCCCCCGUCGGCCCGUCCUUCCGCCAGGUGUCCUGCCUCAAGGAGCUGGUGGCCAGGGUGGUGCAGAGGCUCUGCGAACGCGGCGCCAGGAACGUGCUGGCGUUCGGCUUCGCCCUGCUGGACGGGGCCCGCGGCGGGCCGCCAGUGGCCUUCACGACCAGCGUGCGCAGCUACCUGCCCAACACGGUAACCGAGACCCUGCGCGGCAGCGGCGCCUGGGGGCUGCUGCUGCGCCGUGUGGGCGACGAUGUGCUCGCCCACCUGCUGACGCGCUGCGCGCUCUACCUUCUGGUGGCCCCGAGUUGCGCCUAUCAGGUGUGCGGGCCGCCGCUCUACGACCUCUGUGCACCUGCCGCCACUCGGCCCCUCGCCACCUCCGGCCACCGGCCUGGGACCCGGAUGGACCUCAGACCCACGCGCCAGGCCCGAAACGCGGGCGCGAGGCGGCGUCGGGGUGGCGGCGGGAGCAGCCCGCCUCUAGCCAAGAGGCCCAGGCACGACGUGACCCCAGAGCCCGAGCGGGGGCCAGACAGGCCGUCUUCCCGGGCCCCCCCGGGCAGGGCCCACGGGCUGAGUGGCGGCGAACCUGGCGCAGUGACAUCUGCCAGGGCCGCGGCGGAGGCCAACUCCGGGGAGGGAGGGCCCCCUGGGACUCGGCUCACCUCCGCAGCAAGCGCACAGCUGUCUCGGCCCCGGGGCGUGCCCCUAUCACACCUAUCACACCCUGAGACCAAGCACUUCCUCUACUGCCCGGGAGGCAAGGAGCGGCUGCGCCCCUCCUUCCUGCUCAGUGCCCUGCAGCCUAGCCUGACAGGGGCCCGGACACUCCUGGAGGCCAUCUUUCUGGGCUCUAAGUCUCCGCGGCCAGGGGCUGCCCGCAGGACUCGCCGCCUGCCCGCUCGCUACUGGCGGAUGCGGCCCCUGUUCCGAGAGCUGCUUGCCAACCACGCCCGGUGCCCCUACGACGCGCUCCUCAGGACGCACUGCCCGCUUCGAGCCCCGGCCCCUGCGGAGGGGUCUAGCGACCGGGCCGGCCGGGGGGCGGGCGGCUGCGCCCUGGGGCGGCCCCCGGGAGCCCCCGGAGGCCUGCUCCAGCUUCUCCGGCAGCACAGCAGCCCCUGGCAAGUGUACGCUUUCCUGCGGGCCUGCCUGUGCAGGCUCGUGCCCGCUGGACUCUGGGGCUCCGGGCACAACCGGCGCCGCUUCUUGAGGAACGUGAAGAAGUUCGUCUCCCUGGGGAAGCACGCUAAGCUCUCGCUGCAGGAGCUGACCUGGAAGAUGCGGGUGCAGGACUGUGCCUGGCUGCGCGGGAGCCCAGGGGCCCGCUGUGUCCCAGCCGCCGAACACCGCCGCAGAGAGGAGGUCCUGGCCAAGCUCCUGUGCUGGUUGAUGGGCACGUACGUGGUUGAGCUGCUCAAGUCCUUUUUUUACGUCACGGAAACCACGUUUCAGAAGAACCGGCUCUUCUUCUACCGGAAGAGUAUCUGGAGCCAGUUGCAGAGCAUAGGAAUCAGACAACACUUCAAUAGUGUGCAUCUUCGAGAACUGUCAGAAGCAGAGGUCAGGAGACACCAGGAAGCCAGACCCACUCUGCUGACAUCCAAACUCCGCUUCCUCCCCAAGCCCGGUGGGCUUCGGCCAAUCGUGAACAUGGACUACGUUGUGGGAGCCAGAACGUUCCGCAGAGACAAGAAGGUCCGGCACCUCACCUCGCAAGUGAAGAACCUGUUCAGUGUGCUGAACUACGAGCGGGCCCGGCGGCCCAGCCUCCUAGGGGCCUCUGUGCUGGGCAUGGACGACAUCCACAGGGUCUGGCGUAGCUUUGUGCUGCGCGUGCGGGCUCAGGACCCAGCGCCCCAGCUGUACUUUGUCAAGGUGGACGUGACGGGGGCCUACGAUGCCCUCCCUCAGGACAAGCUGGUGGAGGUGAUUGCCAACGUGAUCAGGCCUCAAGAAAACACGUACUGCGUGCGCCAGUAUGCAGUGGUCCAGAGAACUGCCCAGGGGCACGUCCGCAAGUCCUUCAAAAGACACGUGUCCACCUUCGUGGACCUCCAGCCUUACAUGAGACAGUUCGUGGAGCAUCUACAGGAGACAAGCUCCCUGAGGGAUGCCGUGGUCAUCGAGCAGAGCUCCUCUCUGAACGAGACUGGCCACAGCCUUUUCCACCUCUUCCUGCGCCUGGUGCACAACCACGUCAUCAGGAUCGGGGGCAAGUCCUACGUGCAGUGUCAGGGGAUCCCCCAGGGCUCCAUCCUGUCCACUCUGCUCUGCAGCCUGUGCUACGGGGACAUGGAGAGCAGGCUGUUUUCCGGGAUCCAGCAGGACGGGGUGCUCCUGCGUCUGGUGGACGACUUCCUGCUGGUCACGCCUCACCUGGCGCAAGCCCAAGCCUUUCUCAGGACCCUGGUCAGCGGUGUUCCUGAGUAUGGCUGCACAGCCAACUUGCAGAAGACGGCAGUGAACUUCCCCGUGGACACCGGCGCCCCGGGCAGUGCGGCCCCCCUCCAGCUGCCCGCCCACUGCCUGUUCCCCUGGUGCGGUUUGCUGCUGGACACGCGGACCCUGGAGGUGUUCUGCGACUACUCCAGUUACGCCCAGACCUCCAUUCGCUCGAGCCUGACCUUCAGCCAGGGCACCAGGCCCGGGAGGAACAUGCGUCGCAAGCUGCUUGCGGUCAUGCGGCUGAAGUGCUGCGCUGUGUUUCUGGAUCUGCAGGUAAACAGCAUCCACACGGUUUAUACAAACAUUUACAAGAUUUUCUUGCUGCAGGCCUACAGCAGUGGGAAUACCCGUAAACGAGCAGUUCCCAAGGCUUUCUUCCAGGGUGUCCCUGAUGGGGCCACAUGA